AUGAGGCAGGAAGAAAUCUUAUGGAAACUUCUACUGGAGAGCAAAAAAAUGGAUUCUGGACAAUCAUAUCAUUCUGAGAUUUUACAUAUCAUUCAAAGAGCCAAGGACAGAAAAGCAUUUGGACCUGAUAACAUUACUGCUGACAUAGUCAGAGGUCUGUGGCAAAGGCAUCCUGACCUCCUCUUUCAUCUUUACAAUCUCUGCUUAAGCCAUGGUGUUUUCCCGAUUGCUUGGAAAAGGGCUUUGUUUGCGCUGAUUCCUAAGGAUAAAUCUCUGCCGCCAACCACUAGCAACCUCCGCAACAUCUCACUUCUUUCUGCCCUGGGUAAAGUCCUUGACAAACUUUUGCGUAAUAGACUUUCCUUGCAUUUGGAGUCUAUUGGAUAUCUUCACCCUUCUCAAUUUGGUUUUAGAAGACAGCGUAGAACUGUUGAUGCUUUGAUGGCCCUUACAUCCAAAAUCAUCAGUAGGAAACCACCUCUGGAUCUUCAUUUGAGGCAUAUUGUUUAUAUUUCUCAUAUUCGGAAAGGCCAAGACAUCAUUAUGAACUCUACCUCCUGUAAUGAGGUAACGGUAUAUCUCUCUCAUAACGAGAGAGAUAUACCGUUUACCAACCUCCCUCAUCCAGCAGUGACAUAUGGGUUUGAGACAUCCUUUACAGUUGCUGCUGAUUAUACAAUCUUCACAGAUGGAUCAAAGAAUGCAGAGGACACAGGCUCGGCCUUCGUCGUUUUUGCCAAUGAGGAGGAAUUAUAUCAGAAUUCUGGCACUCUUCAUCCUAACUGCUCUAUAUUCCAGGCAGAACUCUGUGCCAUUUACAUGGCUGUUCAAUGGUGUGAAGCCAAUCUUACUGGAAGUAGAGUUACAAUUCACUCUAAUAGUGCUUCAGCAAUCAACGCAUUUAGGAAUCCCAACAACCUUUACCUUCUGGUCAGGAAAAUUCUAUACCUUGUGCUCAAAACUCCUAUUCCCUCGAAUGGGUGA